CAGUCAGUACAACAAUAACAAGUCUGAGCUACUUUCGAGUCUGUCGUCGGAUCCAAGCAGUUCUGAGCCGUAAAAACAACUGACAUCAAUUAAUGUGGUCUUUUCACAAAGAUGUAAGACUGUUUCAGGACACGCGUCGAAUAGUAGGUCCUGCAUCGUGACUGCCCAGACAGGGUAGGCCUAUGACCCUGGUGUCCUGCAUCGUGACUGCCCAGACAGGGUAGGCCUAUGUCCCUGGUGUCACCUGAGCCUCUUCCCCACCCUAUGGCCGGUCAACCUCGGGUAAAGCCAUCCUGCUAAGCCUGGGAGAAGCCCUCAACUCCACCCUCUUUUCCCCAUUCCCUUUCCAUCUCUCCUCCAUCUGUCGUUUCCCCCCCGUUUCCUUUCUGCCUCCCUCCCUCUCUGUCUGUGUGGUAAUGGAUGGGAGAGAUUCUCUACAGGCCAGUGUCAAUUCCUCCUACAUCACACCUCCUGUUCACUCGACCCUGAUGGCUGACCAGGACGAGAUGGAGGAUCCUGACCAGCUGGACCGGGCCCCUCUCCUUCUCAAGCAGCCCCACAUGGGGCUCUCAGGGGCCAACGGGGGCCCUCUAAUCUCCCGCUGUCCAGGGGACUCUUACUGCCUGGUGUACAUGAUCUUCUUCCUGCUGGGAAUCGGCUCACUGCUGCCCUGGAACUUCUUCAUCACAGCCAAACACUACUGGAUUUAUAAGCUGAGUAACAACAAAACUGCAUCAGCUGCUCACGGAGAGGAGCAACGCCCAGAUCUUAGUGUCUACUUUGAGAGCUAUCUGGCCAUUGCCUCCACGCUGCCGUCAGUGCUGUGUCUGCUUCUCAACUACCUUCUGGUCAACAGGUUGUCUCCGGCGGUGCGUAUUCUGUCCUCUCUGGUCAUCAUCCUGGCUGUGUUCAUAGUGACCACAGUCAUGGUGAAGGUGAACACCUCAGGCUGCCUGGAGGAGUUCUUCUUUGGUACUCUGGCCAGUGUGGCCCUUGUCAGUGGGGCCUCCAACCUCUUCUCGGGGUCCGUUUUCGGGAUCAGCGGACAUUUUCCCAUGAGAAUAUCUCAGGCACUCAUAUCAGGCCAGGCAAUGGGCGGUACUUUGAGCGCAGUAGCGUCCAUCGUGGACCUAGCUGCAGCUGAAGACGUGACGGACAGCGCCCUAGCGUACUUCCUAACGGCUGACGUCUUCAUCCUGCUCUGCAUCUUCAUGUACCUGUUGCUGCCAAAACUGGCGUACUCACGGCACUACAUGUUGGCACUAGAGUGCAGCUCCAGGAGGGACGCCCUACCGGAGACUUGCAGUGACGCUGACAGCCAGGAGGGGGCGCCAGUGGGCACAGAGUCCUCCACCUCCAUUCCUCCCCUAAAACCCAUCCUUCAGAAGACCUGGCUGCUGGGGUUCUGUGUCUUCUAUGUGUUCUUCAUCUCCAUCAUGGUGUUUCCUGCCGUCUCCUCUGGGAUCCAGUCUGUGAACCGAGACAGUGGCAGCCCCUGGACCAACACGUACUUCACCCCUCUCACCAGUUUCUUUCUCUACAAUGUGGCAGAUUUCUGUGGUCGUCAGACGACCGCGUGGUUGCAGGUUCCAGGCCCAACCAGUAGAAUCCUUCCAGUCCUGGUCAUCUCCCGGACCGUCCUGGUUCCUCUGUUCAUGAUGUGUAACUUCCAGCCCAGAGACCAAAUCCCCAUCGUCUUCUUCAGACACGACAUGUUCCCCAUCCUCUUCAUCUCUCUCCUGGGCCUCACCAACGGGUACCUGGGCACCCUGCCCAUGAUCUAUGGGCCUAAGGUGGUGCCCCGGGACCUGGCCGAGCCGGCCGGUGUGGUGAUGAGCUUCUUCCUGACUUUGGGGCUGGCAGUGGGGUCAGCGUUCUCUGUUCUCAUAGUACACAUCAUCUGAAGUGGGGGGGGAGGAGGGGACUACUAGAGGAACGUGCUCCACUUUCUCUCUCUUCAGUCUAAAGGCAGGGGGGACAAGAGUCAGGCAUACUCCGCUGUGAAGGACCGGAGGGCAUCGGGUCCUAGAUAUACUCCUUAAACUCACUGGAGCCUUUGAGGAGGACGAAACUAAGAAGACGAGCUGCAACUUCCCUUUUCUCCCCCUGCAAUGAAAUGACUGACUUCUCUCAUUAAGGACAGAUUCACUGAAGACAAUAAAUGACUGACUUCUCUCAUUAAGGACAGAUUCACUGAAGACAAUAAAUGACUGACUUCUCUCAUUAAGGACAGAUUCACUGAAGACAAUAAAUGACUGACUUCUCUCAUUAAGGACAGAUUCACUGAAGACAAUAAAUGACUGACUUCUCUCAUUAAGGACAGAUUCACUGAAGACAAUAAAUGACUGACUUCUCUCAUUAAGGACAGAUUCACUGAAGACAAUAAAUGACUGACUUCUCUCAUUAAGGACAGAUUCACUGAAGACAAUGAAUGACUGACUUCUCUCAUUAAGGACAGAUUCAUUGAAGACAAUGAAUGACUGACUUCUCUUAAUAAAGACAGAUUCAUUGAAGACAAUAAAUGACUGACUUCUCUUAAUAAAGACAGAUUCAUUGAAGACAAUAAAUGACUGACUUCUCUUAAUAAAGACAGAUUCAUUGAAGACAAUGAAUGACUGACUUCUCUUAAUAAAGACAGAUUCACUGAAGACAAUAAAUGACUGACUUCUCUUAAUAAAGACAGAUUCAUUGAAGACAAUGAAUGACUGACUUCUCUUAAUAAAGACAGAUUCAUUGAAGACAAUAAAUGACUGACUUCUCUUAAUAAAGACAGAUUCAUUGAAGACAAUAAAUGACUGACUUCUCUUAAUAAAGACAGAUUCAUUGAAGACAAUAAAUGACUGACUUCUCUUAAUAAAGACAGAUUCAUUGAAGACAAUAAAUGACUGACUUCUCUUAAUAAAGACAGAUUCAUUGAAGACAUUCAAUUAUAAACUUCUCUUAAUAAAGACACUCAUUAAAUACAUGAGAUGACAGACUUCCCUGAGUGAAGACAUGAAGACUUAUAAUAAUGAAUAAUCAGGAAUGUAUGUUUUAUAAUUUCACUGCGAAUCUGCAUGAACAAAGGAGUGUUUCAGAGGAGACGCAUUGAGAAGGACUAAGACAGUGUCCGGCUGGCCAACCUGGUGACCACUUUGACCACGUCUCUUUGGGGAGGAAAAUACAGCAAAGCCCUUCUGCUGUGCUCAAGUCUGUAGUACCAGCUGGAGCUGCUGCGAGCUUCUGUCCCCAACAGGAUGGAGGAGGCAGCCCUGUUAACUCCUGAAAUGGUGUUGGGAGGUAGAAGGAAAUGAGUGUUUUUCAAUGUCAAAUUGAUGUCAAAUUGGAAAGAAAACACUAAUAUACUAUGAUUAGACAAGUAUUCACUCCCCCACUGAGUCAGUACAUGUUAAAAACAUAUUUGCCAGCAGCUACAUUUGUUAAAUGUUUGUGCAAUGUUUUUUUACAGUAUUCUAUCCAAACGUCUUAUGAUAAAAUGUCAUUUAAAAAUAUAUAUAUAUAUCUUUCACUGAAAAUAUGAGAAAUGUAACCUUUUGAGGUAAAAUUGUAAAAAGAAAAAACAUCUUAGUCACGCAACGUAAUUAUUGGCCCUGUUAGGAAUUCCUAGGAACCAAAUGUAUCUUCCAGUGUUUCCCAUGAGUCAUUAGGACGUCUUAAGUAGUCAUCCUUUACUGGUUCUAUAGGGGUAUAAAUAUGAGGUGACUUUCCAAACACCCUUAGGUGCUCUCCAAAUGCAACGUAGACAGCCCAGUGUCUCUAAACCCUCAGCCCGUGAAUUACUUUUUACAUCAGCACAUCCCUGUACAUGAGUGAUUCCACUUAAAUAUCUAGUGUUGAUUACAUUUGACACAAAACAACGAAUUGUGCAUGAUAUCAACAAAGUCUUUAAUAUCAUCAUGCUUCAAUCAGCAAGUCUGUAACAUCACCGCGCUUCAGUGCUCUUUACCAGACUGUCAGAAGAUCUCCGUCAUCCAGGACCUCUGUACCAGAUAGGAUCAGAAGAUCUCCGUCAUCCAGGACCUCUGUACCAGAUAGGUUCAGAAGAUCUCCAUCAUCCAGGAACACAAAACACUACUAAGUGGUAGGCUGUGAGGUUGAUGCACCACAGUGGAUGUUUUGACACAUUUUAAAUGUAUUUGGUGCCACCUAGUGUCCAUUAACCUCCCCAAUAAAUGUCUGCCCGUU